CAAUAUUUUUUCUGAGAAAACCCCCGUAUUUGAAGGCUGAACCAUUGUCGUUGGAAAACGACGGUCGAGAAGAAGACUUUCCAAGCAGAAGAAACCAAAAGGAUUAUAGCAGAUGGACCUACAAUGACAGGCAGCACCAGAAACGAGAAAGAUCACACCAGGAUCAAUCCCGAGAUCGAUGCCAACAGCGUAGCGAAAAGCAAGAAGGAAUUGCGCCUUGAACGAAAGGCUGCCAAAAAAGCGGCAGCCGCAGCCGCGGUGAAGGCAAAGGAGAACGCGGAUUCAGAGAAGAACGAGAAAGAAGGAGGACACCACCGCCUCGAUAAGGAGGAGUAUCUUGCUCUCAAAAAGCAGCGGCGAGCCGAGCUCCGGAAGGAACAGGAGAAGGCGAUGCGGAACCAGCUGCGGGAGGAAAAGAAACUUCGUAAGCGAAAGAAGCUGAACCGAGAAUUGAACGCCAAGGGAGGUGCAGAGAACGCCAAGAAGAAGAAACAAAAGACUGCUAACGCUGGAACGAAUGAUGCCGCUUCCAAUAACGAUAACAACAAUAACAAAAAGAACAAGAAGUCGAAGGAGGAACGGGAUGCCAACAUGAACGCCUUUCGAUCCGUCUUUCACGGAGGAUCCUCUUCCGAGAACGGUGGGAUGGUCACCACGAGACUCGGUGUGCAAUACAAGGACACCGCUGUGGGAACAGGCAAGGCUGCAAGGGAGGGAGUCCCGAUCACGGUGAAGUACGAGCUAACGGGUGGAAAAUUCGGGGCCGUCCUGGAUUCCUCCAAGAAAUUCACCUUUCGGCUCGGAAUGGGCGAGGUCAUCCGCGGCUGGGACAUUGGCCUACUGGGGAUGAGAGAGGGCGGCCGGCGAAAGCUUAUCGUCCCACCCAAGGCGGGGUACGGGGGAAAGGACAUCGGAGCGGGCCCCGGGGCCCCGUUAAAUUUCGACAUCACGCUUCUGUCCUGUGGCCGGUGACAACCGUUCGAUCUAUCAAUCGAUGGCACCCACAAUUUAGAGCGCAUGGAAAGUAAACAAUCACCAUUGUU